AAUAAGAGGAAGUGACGGGUAGAAAUGUUCUCAUCGAUGGCCAUGGACGACGUACUUAUGGGUGUAGACAAAUAUGUACGUACGCACAUAGCAGGCUGAGGAAGGCCUCACUGAACACAUGGCACGACUCGGCAUAGCUGCAUACACUACAUGUGAUGCUCCCCUGACGGCGUGGCGAUGCUCGUGGCUGCAUCUCUGACACGCGCAGCUGCCUGCCUGCCUGCUUACCGAUCGACUGGCCAGCAUCAUCCUUCUCUGCAGGAACGUCCCCUCGACGUAGACAAAUACGUAGAGGGCAUACACACAUGGCCACUCAAGCUACAGAAAAACAUGCCUAUGAUCUCUUCUCUGUAGACGGUACUCCUGUCCCACCGACCGGUCAGCAGUCAGGAGAGCAUCCAGGUUAUCGCGGAUCUGCUCAAGUUGGAGGGGUGGUCAGUCAGUGAGUCACCCCUCCAGAUUGAGCAGCUGCGUGACGACCUGGAUGCUCUCCUCCUCCGCGUUGACGUCCCCCACAUAAAUCACUUUGCCCUUGCCCACCCUGGCGCACGCCACGCCCACCGGGCCCGGCUGUGCCGACUCAUCAGUCGACACAUACAUCCGAUGCGCCUCAGGGACGUCCCUGCACACAGUAGAGGGCACGCCAUGACACACACCGAGUUGCAGCCGCUUGACAGUGUGUGUGUGAAUGUGUGUGUGUGUGCGUACUUGAGUGAGCAGCAUUUGUUGUUGAUGGCUUGGAGGGAGCAUGACUGCGGUGCGUGGCUGGUCUUGUGGAAGGUGGUGCGCCCGUACGCAGUGAAUUUCCACGACAAGUCGCACCUGCACUCACGCACAUACGGCAACACACACAUGCGUCCGCAAACUGCGUGCAGGUGAUGGACUGGUGUGUCUUAUGUGUGUCUGACUUGCGCAGGAAGUCGUCAACGAACGGGACAGGUGCGCUCUGCGGCACCAGGACCGCCGUGGUGCCCUCGUCGGCCACUAUCGUGUGCAGACACUUGACCACUCCAUCCACCUGACGGCGGACCUACAUGCACAGGCAGACAGACAGGCAGACCGAGACAGUCAGACGUGCGCAUGGCACAUCACGUGUACCGCCCACAUUGGGAUCCUCCAGAUCAAGGCCGCAGAAAGGGUCGAACACCAUCGCCAGAACAACAGCAGACGGCUUCCUCCCUGCACACACACCGCACCACAUGCGCCUCUCUGUCUGUCUGUCUGCCUGUCUGCCUGUCUGUCUGUCUGUUCGGACCGCGGUGUGCGUGCGUACCCUGCUCUCCUCCUUCACGAUGGUCCAGCCCGGGGCGACUUUCUCAGCACUCUUCGAGAAGAAGAAGCUGGGCGAGGAGUCGACAACGAGCACAUCAGGAGUGCUCGAGGGAGUCGCGGUCUACGCCCUUCAUGGAGGAGAGCGAUUUCACGGAAUGUAGAGGCUGCGCGCUCGAGGGUGAAAUAAUAGGAAGUGACGGGUAGAAAUGUUACAUUCACAACUGAUGUUCUUGCUGUGCGCUGCAUGCGGUAUCCGGAUGCUUUCCUGACAUACUCACACACUCAUUUGCAGAAAUGUUGGAUCUCUGCAACACUCUGCAAAUGCCUCAAGAGAUCCAACAUUUCUGCAAAUGAGGCAGCCAGUAUGCCCGCACAAGCACCCCAGACACGCACACGUCAGUGAAGGAAACACCAUCUCUGCCUGGCUGGCUCCGUCAAGUAGGUCAUGGGUGCAAACGGCACCCACGCAUUCACUGCCGUAGUCCCUCUCUGACCAGCCAAGGGCCCCCCACCAAAUGAGCUACGCACCUACCAGUUCAGCUACACACACAGCUGUCGAGCUACCGACCAGUACAGCCACCUAAUCACAACACCAGAAAUACGAACUUCGGGUAAUGUGUGUGUGUAUGGCUAUGCGAAGCGCUGCACGCACACAAUGGAGAGAGUCAGCACAUUGCAAUGAAAGCACUACCAAAAAUAGGUCACACACGCAAUCCAGUCCAACCCGCACACACGGCAUCCAACACAUCGAUGUCGCCAUACACACACGCACACGCACACGCACACGCAUUUGUAGAGAGUGUCCUUCUAGCGAAUCCAUUCCCAACCAACCAGCCAGCCCGCCUGAUUAUCCACCGACACCCUCUUGAUCUCGUUCCCCGCCCCUAUCACACAUCGACACCUGAGAUUGCGCUGAGCCCAGCUGGCCAGAGAGUGAGUUGACCUCGGCGAGUGACGCCUGUCUGCCUGUCUGCCGACUGAAAACACACACCGGUCCACUUGGGACGGCGCGGGUGCCAUGACAACCUGAUGCAUAGAUAGAGCAUGAUUCACUCACAGUGUAGCCAUCGGGUGCAGUGUGUGUGUGUGCGUACCCUUCGCUCAACAAAGGGAUGGGAUGGACGCCAUCACUCACCAACCAACCACCAAACGAGAAAACACA